GUUGCCGCACCGUCGCUCCGAGGGGCAGGAGGUGGAGGAGAAGAGCUUUGCAUUUCUGUCCAACUCGUCAACUUUACGUCCUUAAGGCAAAGGAAGCUGAACUGAUACAGGAAGAAGAUAAUUCACUCUAAAAUGGAAAUCGCAAAUCCUGAUUCAUCCAGUGGCCAGUUGCCAAAUGGAAAUGAUGUUACGCCAGAGGAAAAUCUGGAAACAGGGCUCGAGAACAACCUGUACAGCCAGUACGAGGAGAAGGUGCGCCCCUGCAUUGACCUCAUCGACUCCCUGAGGGCCCUGGGCGUGGAGCAGGACCUGGCCCUGCCUGCCAUCGCUGUCAUCGGGGACCAGAGCUCAGGCAAGAGCUCCGUGCUGGAGGCUCUGUCAGGCGUCCCCCUUCCCAGAGGCAGCGGUAUUGUUACAAGAUGUCCCCUGGUGCUGAAACUGAGAAAACUUGGGAAAGAAGAUGAGUGGAAAGGCAAAGUCAGUUACCGGGACAUAGAGAUUGACAUUUCAUCUGCUUUGGAUGUAGAAAAGGAAGUCAGGAAAGCCCAGAAUGCCAUUGCUGGGGAAGGUGUGGGAAUCAGUAGUGAGCUAAUUAAUCUGGAGGUCAGCUCCCCUCAAGUGCCAGAUCUGACCCUGAUAGACCUUCCUGGCAUCACCAGGGUGGCUGUGGGCAAUCAGCCAUUUGACAUCGGACGUCAGAUCAAGGCGCUCAUCCAGAAGUACAUUCAGCGUGACGAAACCAUCAUAUUGGCAGUGGUGCCCAGUAACGUGGACAUCGCCACCACAGAGGCACUGAGCAUGGCUCAGGAGGUGGACCCCGAAGGAGACAGGACCAUAGGGAUCCUGACGAAGCCCGACCUGGUGGACAAAGGUACCGAAGACAAGGUAGUUGACGUGGUGCGAAACCUUGUCUACCACCUGAAGAAGGGCUACAUGAUCGUCAAGUGCCGGGGCCAACAGGACAUUCAGCACCAGAUGAGCCUGUCCAAGGCUCUGCAUAAAGAGAGAGACUUCUUUGAGGACCACCCAUAUUUCAGGGAGCUCCUGGAGGAGGGAAGGGCCACUGUCCCCUGCCUGGCGGAAAGACUGACCACUGAGCUCAUCGCGCACAUCUGUAAAUCUCUGCCCCUGUUGGAAGAAAAAAUAAAGGAGAACCAGCAGAGUGUAUCAGAGCAGUUACAGAAGUUCGGCAUGGACGUACCGGAAAACGAAAGUGAAAAAAUGUUGUUUCUGAUCGACAAAAUUAAUGCAUUUAAUCAGGACAUCCUCGAGCUAAUACAAGGGGAUGAAUCCGUGGGGCCCGACAGCUGUCGGCUCUUCACCAAAAUCCGGAGUCAGUUCUACAACUGGAGCAUUGUGAUUCAGAACAAUUUCCAGAGAGGUUAUGAAGACAUUUUUAGAAAGGUCAAGAAAUUUGAAAAUCAGUAUCGUGGCAAAGAGCUGCCGGGAUUUGUGAAUUACAAGGCGUUUGAGACCAUCAUAAAAGAUCAGGUGAAAACCCUGGAGGAGCCCGCUCUGGAUAUGCUGCACAGAGUCACCGAUAUGGUCCGGGUAGCCUUCACAGAUGCUUCCAAGAAAAAUUAUGAGGAAUAUUUCAACCUUUUCAGAACCUCCAAGUCCAAAAUCGAAGACAUUAAAUUAGAACUAGAGAAAGAAGCUGAGAAGACUAUCCGACUUCACUUCCAAAUGGAGCAGAUUGUCUACUGCCAAGACCAAGUGUACCGGGCUGCGCUACAGAGGGUCAGACAGGAGGAGACGGAGGCAAACAAGAAGACUAAAUCAGGCAAUGCGGUAUACGAGCAAGACUCUUCGCACUGCUCUCUGGCUGAAAUCCUCCAGCACCUGACGGCCUACUGCCAGGAGGCCAGCAGCCGCCUGUCCAGCCACAUCCCUCUGAUCAUCCAGUUCUUCAUCCUGCAGUCGUUCGGCCAGCAGCUGCAGAAAUCCAUGCUCCAGCUGCUGCAGGACAAGGAGGGCUACGGCAUGCUGCUCAGGGAGCGCAGCGACACCAGCGACAGGAGGAAGUUCCUGAAGGAGCGGCUGUCACGGCUGACCAAGGCCCGCCACCGGCUUGCCCAGUUCCCGGCCUGAGCGGCCGCUUGCUUUCCCCGAGGCCUGCCCCGUGUUAGUUGUCAAUGCU